AUGCAAGCAGAGGAGUACAACCGCAGAGAUCUUCUUUUCAAUAAAUGUGUUCUGUCGUGUUCAGGGAAGGAGCUGGUGGAUUACAUCACAGAGUACCUGACGAAGAUCAGAGAGAGACGGGUCAUUCCAGAGGUCCAGCCGGGGUACAUGAGAGCGCUACUUCCAGAAAACGCCCCUUUGGAGGCAGAAAGCUGGGAUUCGAUUUUCCAAGAUGUGGAAAAAAUUAUAAUGCCUGGGAUGGUGCAUUGGCAGAGCCCACACAUGCAUGCUUACUACCCUGCCUUGACCUCCUGGCCCUCUCUUCUUGGAGACAUGCUUGCUGAUGCCAUCAACUGCAUAGGAUUCACCUGGGCAUCCAGCCCUGCGUGCACAGAACUGGAGAUGAAUGUAAUGGACUGGCUGUGUAAGGCUCUCGCUCUGCCGUCACACUUCCUGCAUCACCACCCUGACAGCAGAGGAGGAGGCGUACUGCAGAGUACUGUCAGUGAAUGCACCCUGGUUUCUUUACUGGCGUCCCGAAAAGACAAGAUACUACAGCUGAAGAAGUCGGAGGGGGACUCAGACGACUCAGUGAUCAACUCCAGACUUAUCGCGUAUGCAUCCGACCAGGCUCACUCUUCAGUGGAGAAAGCUGGGCUCAUCUCCCUGGUGAAAGUCAGGUUCCUUCCCACCGAUGAGAGCUUCGGUCUGCGUGGGAGCACUCUCCAAACAGCUAUUGACGAGGACCGAAAGAACGGCCUCAUCCCAAUUAUGCUCUGUGCCACCCUGGGCACUACAGGAGUGUGUUCCUUUGAUUACUUGUCAGAGCUGGGACCAGUGUGUGCCAGAGAGGGGCUCUGGCUGCAUGUGGAUGCGGCGUACGCUGGCUCGGCUUUUCUCUGCCCGGAGUUCCGAGGGUGUCUCGAGGGCAUUGAGUUUGCCGACUCGUUUGUUUUCAAUCCUUCCAAAUGGAUGAUGGUUCAUUUUGACUGUACUGCCUUCUGGGUGAAGGAUAAGUGCAAACUCCAACAGACCUUCAGCGUCGACCCAAUCUACCUCAGGCAUGAUAACUCAGGAGCCACCGACUUUAUGCAUUGGCAGAUUCCCCUGAGUCGCCGCUUCCGUUCACUGAAACUUUGGUUUGUCAUGCGCUCCUUUGGACUGAAGAACUUGCAGGCGCAUAUCAGACAUGGUGUGGAUAUGGCUAAGCUUUUUGAAUCUCAUGUAAGAAGUGACCCCAACUUUGAGAUGCCUGCCAAACGCCACCUGGGCCUGGUGGUUUUCUGCUUGAGGGGGGGUAAUGCCCUGACACAGGAGCUGCUGCAAAAGCUCACAAAGUCAGGUGCCAUGUUCCUCAUCCCUGCAGCCAUUCACAAUAAGCUGAUCAUCCGUUUCACCGUGACCUCACAAUUUACCACCCCAGAAGACAUCCUCAGGGACUGGGCCAUCAUACGCCAAACCGCCGGCUCCAUUCUGAGCAGGGAGCCACGCAGGCUUUCCAUCAGCACACCUGAGCUGAAGGAUGAAGCUGGAAGACCGGAGACACUGAAGGCUCAAAGCCCAGCGUUGCCAGGUGUAAAGAAGACAGCACGCUCUCUAAGUUGCAGCAGUGCAUUGCCACACAGCCCGAGAGAUCCCAUGAUUGUGCCCAAGGACGGCUCAGCAUCCAACACCGGCGGGACCCUGUCCAAUAUUUCAGAACAAGCCGACAACAUCCUGGGCAGAAAGGUGGUGAAGAAGCUGACCAAGUUCUACAGCGUGCCUAGUUUUGCCCAGACGUGGAUGCAGUGCGGCAUGCAGCAGGUCUGCUGCCCCCCAAAGAGCCCCAAGCCCUGGAUCAUCAGCAGCAGAGUCAACUACUUCAACUGCUUUAACACGUCCCCAAUGGACGCCUAUGCACUACAGACUAAAUAGCAAAUG